UAUAUUCGAUUCAUUGAAACGGAGCUCUCAAUUCACUGCACUGCCGUCGCCGGUGAACACCGCCGAAUCCGACACGCCCGGCGCGCCUCCAGUUUCCACCACCGUCGCCGCACUCAGCUAUUCAGCUACCGCCACUGAUCGCGCUUCAGGAUAUGGCACACGUAGAACCUGAGAAUGCAGACAUGAAUCUGUAUCAAGUAAAUAAUUUUGUGAGGAGACCUCAUAUCCUGCUUGCUGCCAGUGGAAGUGUCGCUUCAAUAAAGUUUGCUAAUCUCUGUCAUUGUUUCUCCGAGUGGGCGGAAGUGAAAGCUGUUGCUACCCAGGCAUCUCUCCAUUUUGUAGACAGGGUAGCUCUUCCCAAAGAUGUAGAUCUUUACACGGAUGAGGAUGAAUGGUCGAGUUGGAAAAAGAUAGGUGAUAAUGUGCUCCAUAUUGAGUUGCGUAAGUGGGCUGAUAUCAUGGUCAUCGCACCUUUGUCUGCCAAUACACUUGCCAAGAUAAUUCCACAUUGGUUUUGGGUCUUCCACAUGAGUAUUUCGAGCCCGAUGCAACUUUUCCAAAAGAUUGCUGGAGGUUUAUGUGACAACUUGUUGACCUGCAUUGUCCGGGCAUGGGACUACAAUAAGCCAAUGUUCGUAGCGCCAGCCAUGAACACCCUCAUGUGGGACAACCCUUUCACUGAACGCCAUCUCAUGGCGAUAGACGAUCUUGGUAUCUCACUCAUCCCCCCGGUGAAGAAGAGGCUGGCCUGUGGAGACUAUGGCAAUGGCGCAAUGGCUGAGCCUUCGCUAAUAUACUCCAAUGUAAGACUAUUCUAUGAGUCUCGAGAACAAUCAGGUGGUAGCAAUGUUUAGUCUGAUAUAUCACAUCCAUUUCAAUGAGGAAAUACCAUCUCAAGUUUGUUAGGUCAUGAACAAUUUCUUACUUGUAGUGUGGUUUGUCAAAACUGUGAUCUGUUAAUUAGGAAUUUAGUGUGUGCCAUUCGAAAUCGCGUGCUCGUAUGUUGUUAUAAUGUUCUCUACUUGCCACAGUUAUUCGAGAGAUUUAGAUUCAUAUUGUCAAAAGGCAUAGGCCAUAGAUUGAUUUUA